AUGUCGGUGAAAGAAGCUCUCCUGACGACACAGCGCUAUGUACUCGAGCGCUUAUGUCAGCGUCCUGAAGUUUAUAGAAUAUCUUUUGUAUUUCCAAAUAAUGACAAAUAUGAUGGCGAGUGUAUAAGAACACCUGAUGGUGCUCUUGUGAGGCAUGGAGAUGGAGUUCAUACCACCCCUGAUGGAAUUACUUACACCGGAAACUGGAAAAAUGAUAAGAUGAAUGGCGGUGGAAGGCUUGAGCAUCCUUCAGGGGCAGUCUAUGAAGGCGAGUUCAAGGACAACAUGUUUCAUGGACUAGGAACCUAUUCAUUUCCAAAUGGAGCAAAGUACAUUGGAAAUUUCAAUGAAAACAAGCUGGAAGGUGAAGGAGAAUUUAUAGAUACACAAGGCCUGGAAUGGAGUGGCACAUUUCAUUACACAGCAGCACCAGGACUGAAGCUUAAGCUGGAAAUGUAG